CUUCCCCUCUCCUACCCGAAUCCCUCGCCGUCGGUCCUACCGGUUUCGCCCAAAACCAUCUGUCUCGUGACCGAAAGCUAGCGCUAUUAGAGCUGGGAAGGCAACUACGAGAUCACUACGUUCAAACACUUCUGAAAGUCCCAUCACUCUACUCCUGGUCCGUUCCUACCAGAAACCAUCGUGGAAGGAAUUUGAGACAGUGAAAUUUUGUAUUGGCUACUUCUUCCUUAUUCGUGUUAAAGGUCUUUGAGAAUGGGUUUGACGGGGUUGAGACGCAGUAGUCGUGAAGGAGACCUAUCAAAAAGCUCCAAACGCAAAAUUGAGAAGAAACUUAAAUUUAUUUCGAAAAUUACUGAGGCCGUGUCAUCCUUAUCUGCCAAAAAGACAAUUAGCAAGAAAAAAAGAUUAAGAAGCCGGCAAAAAAAACUAAGGGCAUAUGACCUAAGCGCACUUUCAGACUUUCUUCCCGAUGAAGCUCUCCAAAAAUCAUCUAAAUCCCCCGUCUUCAAACUAAACUGCAAGAAUCGGCAAAAGCUAGUUGAGAUUGAAAGCGAAUUAUUGAGAUCUGUUCACAGACAUCCAGCUUUCCAAGCUGAUCCCAUCGCAGCCAUUCAACAACACUUGGAACAAACACAACCGCCUUCAUCCGCCGAGGAAAAGGGAGAUAAAAAGAGCAAAAAAGACAACAAAGAUAAAAGGAAGAAGAGAUCCAACUAUGCAAUUGCGCAAAAUAUGGAAAUGACAUAUUCAAGUUCUUAGAUUAACUAACUCAGGAGUCUUAAGGGAUUUUUCACCGGAUUUAUUAAAUCCAACGAGACGCGAAAUUGCAGGAGUUUCGGGGAUUUAUGAAUUUUUAAAUUCAAGAUCCCAAAAUUUCCUUCAAUUUGGCUUAAAUCUAGGUUUUAUUGAAUCCUGGGGCAAGUUGGAUUUAAUGGUUUUACGAUUUAGAGAUUUACUAAAUACUGAUAAUUCUAAAUUCUACUUGCAGCCAAACACCCACUAAUGUUUUGCAAUUGUUUCAAAUUGCAGCUGUUGUAAGUCUCUCUCUCUCUCUAUCUAUCUCUCUAA